GCGCGCGAGAACCGGCAGAUGCAAUUGUCAUAUCAGAAGGAAGGAGACAGCGAAGAGUUUGGCGCGGUUUCCCUGAGAAGAAAACUGAAGUAUCCACCAUGCCUAGUACCAGAUCUAAGUCCCAAACCCAGAAACAGAAUAAAAUCGACUUUCCUAAGCGGAAAUCAACCAGACUUUGCCAGACUCUAGUUAAAGAAGAGGGUUCAAAGUCGAAUUCAGCCCCAGUCUCACCACUCUCUUCUAAGAAGCAAGUCUUGCCUCUCAGCCCUCGCAAGCGUCUUGGAGAUGAAAAUCUCUGCAAUGUUACGCAGUUGUUGCCUUGCUCCCCAUCUAAGCAGAGUAAAAAAGAGAACACCUUUCUACCCAGUUCUCCAAAGGGACGAACUUUACUGUUCAGUGAGCGUUCAGCCCUCAAAUCUCCAGCUAGGUCUACCAAUGUGGUUCCCUCACCCCACCGCAGAACUGAAGAGACUCCCACUUCUUUACAACGUCACUGCCCUAAGAAAGAGCUGGUGUGUACUCGUCUUUUUAAGCAAGAAGGCAGCUGUUAUCAACAGGCAAAGAGUCUCUUACAUACAGCUGUUCCAGAUCAGCUGCAUGCCAGAGAGAAGGAGACAGGUGUUCUCCAUCACUUCCUCCAGGAACACGUCUGCAAGGAAAAACCUGGAAGCCUUUAUGUCUCUGGUGCUCCAGGGACUGGGAAAAGUGCUUGCCUGAACAGGGCCCUCCUGGACUUGAAGACUGAGCUCAUGGGAACUAAGACCAUUGUUUUAAACUGCAUGGCCUUGAGGAGCUCCCAUGCUGUCUUCCCAGCCAUUGCUGAGCAACUGGGCCAGACUGGAGCCGACAGAGCAGCCAGGAGUGAUGUCAUCAGAAAGCUGGAGAAGAGGCUGACGACAAAAGGCACCCCUAUGGUUUUGGUUGUUUUAGAUGAGAUGGACCAACUGGACAGCAAGGGACAAGAUGUUCUCUAUACAGUAUUCGAAUGGCCUUCUCUGCCCAACUCCCGGCUUGUUCUCAUUGGUAUAGCCAAUGCCUUGGAUCUCACGGAUCGCAUCCUGCCCCGCUUGCAAGCCCGCCCCAAGUGCAAACCCCAGCUGCUAAAUUUUCCCCCUUACAACAAAGAUCAGCUUGCUGCCAUCCUUCAGGAGCGCUUGAAGCAGGUGUCAGGGGAGCAGGUGCUGGACAACGCCGCCAUCCAGUUCUGCGCUCGGAAAGUCUCUUCCGUCUCCGGGGAUGCCCGCAAAGCUCUGGACAUCUGCAGGAGGGCCAUUGAGGUUGUGGAAUCUGAUGUGAUGAGCCAAACUGUGCUGAAAGUCCCGCCUGCCUGCAAAUCCCAUUCUCAACCAGCCACAGAGUUGUCCGUGCCCAAACGGGUGGGAUUGCUCCAUGUCUCCCGUGUGAUCUCUGAGGUGUAUGGUGAUCGGAUGGCAGCUAGCAAUGCCUGUGGUGAUGCCGACUCCUUCCCCUUGCAACAGAAAAUCUUGGUCUGUUCUCUGCUGCUCUUAGCCAAGCAUCAAAAAUCCAAAGAGGUGACCCUCGGAAAGCUGCAUGAAGCCUACAGCAAAAUUUGCCGAAAACAGCAAAUGGGAGCUGUUGACCAGUCAGAGUGCCUUUCACUCUCAGGCCUCUUGGAAGCCAGGGGUAUUGUGGGGCUGAAGAAGGCUAAAGAAGCCCGGCUGACCAAGGUCUUCUUGAAGAUCCAAGAGAAGGACAUUGAGCAUGCUCUCAAAGAUAGGACCUUGGUUGGAAGCAUCUUGGCUGCAGGCCUUUAGACUGGAUCCUCAACUCACGUCUUUUGUGUAUAGUACAUAAUCUUAACAGAGUAUAAUUAUUUUAAAGUUUCCUUUGAGCCAUAUCACUGGUAGAAUAAACUCCAGUUACUGUGACUUUUAAAA